AUGUUUAGACAAUCUUUUCGUCAAGUUGCCAAGCAAUCUAUAUCUGCUGUUAGAAGAACCUAUGCUACCGAAGCUGCACCAUCAUCAGAUGCCUUGAAAUUGUCAUUGGCUUUACCAUUUCAAACUUUAUACGCUGAUUCAGAGGUUGAACAAGUAAACUUGCCAUCAGUCAAUGGUGAUUUGGGUAUAUUGGCCAACCACAUUCCAAUUGUUGAGCAAUUGAGACCAGGUUUGUUGGAAAUUAUCUCCAAAGGUGGUGAAACUGAACAAUACUUUGUCAGUGGAGGUAUUGCCAUGGUACAACCAGGAAACAAGUUGACCAUAAGUGCAAUCGAAGCAUUUAAACCAGAUCAAAUUGAUGCUUCUGCUGUUAAGAACUUGAUUGCAGAUGCGCAAAAAAGAGCUGAAUCUGGUGACGAAACUGUUGCUGCUGAAGCUAACAUUGAGUUAGAGGUUUUAGAAGCCUUGCAACAUGUUGCUAAUUAG